CUUAAAUACAACAAUUUGCCCCGCAUUCAGUAACGACCUGAAUCCCCCCGAGACGCAGCCAAAUCGUGCUCGCAAAUAGGAAGGAGUUUAGAGCUGAGUGGAAGAGGGCGGGGUCCAGGUCAUCAUUCCUUCCGCUAUCUAAAGCAAGCCACUAUCUCGGACCAGCAAAAAGCAAACACAAAGCAAGAGCUGUGCUUGUCACGGGUGGCCAUUUCGCAGUCGUCUUAUAACUAAGUACUAGUACUUACCUACUUAGGUUUCCUCAUAGGUAGCCACAGUUCACCAGGCCGAGGAGCUUCAGUUGGCACUCCCCCGCGAAUCCUGGCAGCGCGUACUAUCUAUCACCAGGACGGCACAGUUUCCCGGAGAGCACACGGCGAUACCGCAACAAAGAAGCUUUCGACAUCCAAGUCUUGAUCCAGGAACAGCAAGAAAAGAAAGAAAAAAGUGCAACAAUUGCCCGAUAUUGGACCCGUCCGCUCGGACGCGGCAACAAGCAGUGUUCGGUUAUCCGGGAAUUGUCCGACAUCCACAUCACUAGUCUAGGCUGCCGCUUUUUCUAGCUCCGUUCCAUCUUACGGGAUCUGGGCGGUGCAUGCAACAAGAUCUGGAUUACACUACUCCCCACAGCCAUACCUUGAUAAUACAGAUUGAUGGACUUUUGUCCCUGGCUCAUUGACAAAUCCUUGCCCUGACCGCCGCCUGCCCGUUAUCCUCGGAGUACUUCUUGACCAUCACAGGAGACUAAUAAAUCGGGUCCACGGCACCAACCCAACAGAAACCUUCUUUGUUGUAUUUGUGAGUCGCGGGCGGCUUAGCUGACCUGCCGCUGGCUUUAGCUUUGCUCCUCCUCCCAUUCUUUAAACUCACCCACCCCCUUACCCCGGCUUCAACGACGCUUGCUGAGGCUUUGGUCACUCCCUUACACAUAUUUUAAUAUCCCCCUCAAAUCUUGAAUUCCUCGUCAAUCCGACUGCUUCACCAGCUGGUACAGUUCGCCGAGGUCUGGACAACAUCAUGGAUCGACCUUCAUCACCAUCAUACCGCGAACGCCGAGGACCGCAUAUCUAUGUUCAUCUGGAGGUUGGCAUCUCGUGGACUUCAAAGAAACAACACAAGCACCAUGAAGUGACAUAUGGAUCAAGAGGUUCAAAGGCUGUGCGCGAGAAAGAGCAAUGUCCGGGUCCGAAGCUUCCCCGUCAAAUGUCCGCCCCUGAUCCCACCUACCUAGCCGCCGUCCAUGAUUUCGAGCAAAGGCAAUCGAGGACCCGAGAAAGCCGGAAAGCUGCUCGUCCACUUUCACAGAUCGACUCUAUUGCUUCGAUACCAGGCACUCGUCUUGGUCCCCAUCACCAAAUGCAGGAGUACUAUCAAGUACCCGGAUAUUAUGGUCCAGCUCAACCAUCAACGCCACCCCGGCAGCAGCAACGACGGUCCCGGUCCGGGUCGAGACCCGUUGGGGAGAGGGGUCAAUCGGCACCACCACCUACCGGUGAUAACCCCUGGGGUGUAGGAUUGGCGGGGGAAGAAGCGGCGGGACCAUCGAAUUCAGUAUCAGAGCUGUCCCCACGUCCUCCGUCGGAUGUUUGGAAAGCCCUACCAGCGGCCCCAAAUCGGUUUCGUCUCGGAGAGGCCGGUAUGCCAUGGUCUUCACCAACGGCCUUUGAAACAGGGGCGGGUUCACAGAAUGAUGAUGUCUCUGACGACCCAUCGGGCCAUCACCGUCAGCACAGCAUACCUAGUUUCCAUCCGGAUAAUGAAGCGUCCAUCUACGAAGCUAGCCCUGUCACGGGCAUCUCUGUUUUUUCGCCUGGACCAAGCAAAUUACAAGAUUGCGAAGAUUCCGAGCCGGGCAGUGUACGAGAUCUAGAGGAACUAUCAGCAGCAAUGGUGACGGUGGACAACGGCUUUGAGAACCAGUGGUGGAAUCAAGGGCAACGUCGAAGCAUGAUCUUACCAGCUCCAACCGAAGAACCGCCAUCCCUCGACAAAAGGAUCUCCGCAAGAUCACUCGGCUGGGCGGUAGCGAAGAGCAACAGUACGUCACCGCUGGAGGAGAUACCCGGUACGAUGCCUAGUAUCGCUGCAGGCGACAUUGUUUCGCCUCUUUCUGAGUACUCGACACUAGCCUUCAAUUCACCACAGUCUCACCAUUCGCUUCACCGUUCGAUGUCGACAAGGUCGGAGGAGUUAUGGUUGACUACCAGGGAUUUGUGUGGAUGAUAUUUGGUGUUCCGACGUGUCUUGCUGAGGGGUCCGUUAACGAGCAGAGCAAUGCAGGAACGAGCCUUUUUACGGAGUAAAUGCUUAGGACACACUCAAGUAUUACAAAUGGAGAUAUGCUUGGGCCUUUGAGCAUUUGUAGUGGGGGAAAAAAUGACUGUAAUCACAGAUGGUUAUUCAUGGUUAGGCGUUUUGGCAUACCUUUUUCCUGCUGUCCUUACACCUUUAUUGGUAUUUCUUUCCGGACACUUUUCCACACGGUCGUCAACGCAAGGGACCGUGUAAAUUCGAAGCUGGACUGGGAAACAGUAGCUAGAUCCGGAAGAGUGCAAUAUUAUGUUCUUUCCUGCGCUCAAUCAAGAAAAAAUGAUGCGUUCUUCUUCAUCUUCUUCGUCUUCUCCCU